AUGAAAAAAUCAAAGAAACCCCAAAACAAAGAAUUUAAAUCUAUAGUAUCUGACAUUCGCAACCUAGUAUACCCUCGUUUGGACAAUCGGCACAAAAAACACUUGGAUGAAAUGAAGCUUAGGGCCUUGGGUGGAAAGGUAAAGAAACAACGUGCUAUGCCCUACAAAGAGUUGUUACAACGUAAAAAAUCUAUGGAACGAACAAUCUCCAAGCAGUCUUCACUAGAAAAACAAUUGGGAGUAUCAUUUCAAUAUGGAAAAUAUCGAGACGUGUCGCAGGCAGAAACAAAAAAAAAGAAAGCACUUAAUGCCAAAAUUAAAAAUAAAGAUCCGCUUAGGGAUUACAAAUGUGGUGGCAUAUAUCGAAUAAAAAAAUGUGAUCUAUAG